AUGCACAAGCUGCUGUGCAUCAUGCAAAAUCAUAUCCUAAAAUCACUGAACGUCGACAGGCGCCAGGAGCGUCAGGAGCGUCGCUUUUUUGGCAUUUUACGCGCCGGCAAACGAAAGGACGCUGCAGCUUCAGCUGCCGCCGCCGCCGCCGCCUCCGCCUCCUUAGUUCCGCCCACUUAUCGACAGCAUGCAGAGGAUGCUGCUGCGGCAGCUGCUGUGCAGUUGCAGCGCAGUCUAGAGCAGCCGCAGGCGCAGCAGAACGAUUACGUUUUAGAGGACACCAAUCGGCGACUGCGUGCCCCGCCCCCUUUCUAUUGCCCACUGCCGUUGACACCGCCGCCGGGCUACACAGAGCGCGCAGCAGCCGUAGCAGCUGCACCAACGCCGCCGACGCCGCAGCCAGCGGCAGCGCAUGCAGCAGCAGCAGCAGCAGCAGCAGCAGCAGCAGCGACUCAGCAAGCACGCCGUCGACGUCGUCUGCGAGAACUACAACAACAGCAGAGAUUCGCAAGCAGCACUAACAGCAGCAGCAGCAGCAGCAGCAGCGAGCAGAGCAGCGCCAGCGACUGCGACGGCGAGCUAGGCAGCGCAGUCAGACGUCAGCGUCAACGCAGACGCAGCUCGCGUGGAAUAAGAGAUGCCUAUUGUCCGGACUUGUUGCACGCCUGCGCCCUAAUCCUACACCAGCAGCAGCAGCCCGGCAGCAGCGACAGUUCCGUUGGUAAUUUUACUGCCACGCCCCCACCGCCACCGCCACCGCCACCGCCUCCGGCGCCAGCAUCCCACCAGGUGGUACGUGACAGCAUUGAAUACAGCUCGGACUAUGUGGAGAUCGAUGAGCUGCUGCUAGGCGCUGGCCCACGGGCCAAGAGCACACCCCAACUGCAGCAUGCUGUAGGCCUCGAAGCAUUAGAGAUGGGUCAGAACCUGAGCCUGCGACGUCCUCGCAUCUCGCUGACCUGGGUGCUGCGGGAGCAGCACCAGCCCAACAAUGAGACCGACACACCAGAUGCCGCCACGCACAGUCACAAGGAGAAGGCGCCGCUAAAGCUAAGCAAUGGACACGUUGCCACGCCGGAGGCCUCUCGCCCAGCUGCACCGCCUGUGCAGCGCACCGAGCCCGUGCCCACACAGCUGGACGUGGGCAAGAAGCGCUACAGGGUUAAGCAGCUGCCUGGUGGCACCGAGCCGCUCAAUGGCUACGCCACCACGCCCACCGCCCACCAGGCACCCAGCCACAGCAAUGGCCAGUUGGCCAGCCAAAAGUUCUUCAGCAACCAGAACCUGCUGGAGUACAAGGACAAGAGCGUGCGCAGUGGUGCACCCGUGGCAGCAGCCACCACCAAAGAGCUGCUCUUUGUCUGCACGCCACAGCGCGCGCCACGCAGCGACGUGCACAGCGAGGCGCUGCUGCUGGCUCGCAAGCGCAACGAGAUUCGCAAGAAGCUGGCGAGCAGGCUGCAGCAGGCGCGAGCUGCAGCGGGAGUGGGUGUCGGCGCAGAGGGGGGAACAGCUGCAGCCACUGCCAUGAGCAGCUCAGCAAGUGGAGACGCUUUGAAGUGCACCUACUCGGAGCCCAGUUUGGUUGCGGUCUCGGAAGGUGGUGCCAGCUGUGCUGCGCCGCAGCAGCAGCAGCGCCGUCAUCGGCAUCGCAAGCGUCGCGAGCGGGAGCGGAAUCGUGUGCAGCGCUUCGGCUACGAGAUUCACAACGUGGAUGAGUUUCUGUCACGCUGCUCGCUGUCUGCACCCGGCAACAUACCCGUGGUCCUGGCCACGGCCAGCACACUCUAUCAGACGCGACCCGGGGGCUAUCAGCUGGAGAUCCCCUUGCCCCUGGGCAUGGUCGUCAAUGCAGUAUUUAAGAACCAGAACUGGCUCUACGUGCAGACGCCGCACGCCGAGGAGGGCUAUGUGGGCUAUGCCUGUUGCCUGCCCUUAGGCAUUUUGCCCACGGGCAAGACGACGCCGUGCUGGGAGUCCAAUGCGGACAUCUUUCCACGACCCUGCGGCAAUAUGACCGACUCGGAGAAAGAGAUACGUCUACGUGGCGGCACACGGUCCGACGGAGCGCGCACUCCGCGCCAGUCCAAGCCAGUGGAGGAGCACAACAACAACAACAACAAUAAUCCGAGCAAGAGUCUGGUGUCCAACGGUGGCAGCCUGGCUGGCUCCUUGUAUGGCGAGCAGCACGUGGACAAGCUCUAUUUGCGCGCUGCCUCACAGCCAAAGCUCGUGGAGAAAGCCUAUGCACAGCUGCGCUCCACCAAGCAACUGGGCUCCGGCUCGGCCUCGGUGCGCAGCGCCUCCAACGAUGAGUACGUCACGCUCCAGCAGCACCAGCAGCGGACGAGCAAGCAGCAGAGGCAGCCGCCGCUUUCGCAGCCUGUGCGACGUCUGUCGAACGUAUCGUACAUAACCAAUGGCCAUAAUGGCCAGCAUCUUCAUCCAAAGAGCAUUCCACAGCAGCAGCAGCAGCAGCAGCAGCAGCUGAGUGUGCUGCGACGUCAACAGCAGAAUGGACUGCGCCAAACUCUAGUCGCCAUCAAUGCGGACUACAUCACGGAGAGCAUUGUCGUCCACAAGGGCGAGAUUGUGACGCUCUGCGAGUGCCGCGAGUCCAGGGAUCAGCGCCAAUGGUUCUAUGUGAAGACGCGAGACGGACGCGAAGGCUUCAUACCAGCCGAGGUGGCCGGCCAUGGUUAUCUGUAGACUGAAGCUGCCCUCGCUCCUCUUGAAAUGACCUUGCUAAACUAGACAAGUCCGACGUAAAGCCUGAUCCAGUUAGCAAGAUGUUCAAGACAUUACGAGGUUAUAUA